UACAUAACAUCCUUAAACCGUAUACAACUCGACGCGCAGAGUCAGGACAAACCAUAAAAUAAUCCUUCAAAGUUAUCGUUAUCGUUGUGUGUGUUUGCAACUCGACUAUAUUUUUCCAUUGAACCCUCUUUCAUCAAGCCAGUAGAUGUGUCUCUCUCAUCUUCUCAUUUUUUUUCUCUUAAAUUCACUAUCGAUAUUGUAGCAUUUAAAAUCUUAAUUUUAAAAAUUAUUAUUUUUAAAAUUUUACAUUCUACUUCUGGUGCGAUAGUGGGUGAGCAAACGCUCAUCUGUCGACUGCGAGGCUCCGCCACGCACAAAUAUCGCCACUUCCUUUCUAAUUUUAAGAAUUAUUAUUUUUAAGAUUUCACAUUCUACCUCUGGUGCGAUAGUAAAUAAGUAAACGUUCAUUUACCAACUGCGAGACUCUGCUAAGCACGAAUGUCGUUGUUCCAUAUUAACUUUAAGAAAUUAUUAUUAAGAGCGCCUCACUAUUGAUCUUAACAACUACAAAAAAAUUAAUAUUAUUUAAAAAAUUUAGAACUUCCUUUCUCUUACUUCUUUCCGUCUUUAUCCCUCUUUACCUCCUUUACCUAAAUAAAUAAAAGAAAUGAAGAUAGUUGCAAACACCAUUUAAUUCAAAUUUAAUUUUUUAGCCAAAACUCAUGAUUAUUCCCCUCUUUUCUUCAUCAAUGCAAAUCAAAUGGCUAAAACAUCAUUUAGAUCGUUCAAGCCAUUAACGCGAAGCAUCGCCAAGUAAGAACUUAACUAGUUAAGUUCUGAAAAUACUAAAAUAUUUUGCUUUCCUCAAUAAAAAAAGCUAAUGAAAUUCCUCCCCCCUCCAGUAGGCGCGCAGCAAUUUGCGUAUUAAGAUCCCUUACAGAAAAAAACGUUAAAGAUUUUGAUCGAGAAAUCCAAGAGUUCCUCGAUUCGGAAGUACCUCCUCCGCCAAACGAAGAGAUUGAGGAAUCUCAUAACCCACCUCUUCCCACUAAACGGUUAAAACUUACUAAUACACCCGAACUCACACCAAUGGAUAUUUACAAUUUUGAAGAGUUUAUUUCCCAAAUUUAGACGAAAUUCCCGACAUCGAGAAUCCAUCAGUAUCCAUAAAUUGUUUUAUAUCCCCUACAGACGACCAUCCCCAAUCCCUAGACAACCCACCCCUAGUCAACAACAUCGAACUUCAAACCUUAACAUAUCCCUUCAAUCCUCAAAUUUUCACCAUACAGAAAAUAGACGAAUACAUCGAAGAACAGCAGCUCAAUAAAGAAGUGGCAAAUAUGUUAAGGAAUGCGCCUCCAGCAGGAAAAUUCCUGUCCAGGUAAUUGUUAUCCGUGGGCAACAUCCGGUUCGCAACAUUUCGGAGCAAGGCGCGGUGCGAUCUCGCGAACGCGAUUAGUAAUAGAUUAUAUCCAGUGUAAAUCCGUAAUCAUCCGCGUAAACGUUCUCUUCUAUAAGUGAAAAUUAAUGAAAUUGUCUUGUACGUGUCCCAACAAAGGCCUACACAAGACAAUGGUAAUUUUAUAUUUAUUCACCGCGGUGCUCGUCGCCAACCAGACAAUAGAAAGGAAUAGAUAUUUACAAUUUUAAAGAGUUUUUUCCCAAAUUUAGACAAAAUUCCCGUAAUCGAGAAUCCAUCAGUAUCCAUAAAUUUUUUUAUAUCCCCUACAGACGAUUAUCCUCAACCCCUAGACAACCCACCCCAGUCAACCACAUCGAACUCCAAACCUUAACAUAUCCCUUCAAUCCUCAAAUUUUCACCUUACAGAAAAUAGACGAAUACGUCGAAGAACAGCAGCUCAAUAAAGAAGUGGCGAACAUAUUAAGGAAUGCGCCUCCAGCAGGAAAAUUCCUGUCCAGGUAAUUGUUAUCCGUGGGCAACAUCCGGCCCGCAACGUUUCGAAGCGGGACGCGGCGCGGUCUCGCGAACGCGAUUAGUAAUAGAUUAUACCCACUAAACAUGAAACCUUUAGAAAACGUUACGUUAAAAAAAAAUACAUCGCAUUAAAAACGUUUUAUAAUGAAUGUUUAUGUUGCAUAGACGUUUUGGUAAAACGUUUUAUUUCUAACGUCUACGGAACGUCACAAGAACAUUCCAUUUCUGUAAUUAAAACGAAUAUUUGAAAGGUUUCAAUUGAAACGUUACACGACUUUCAAACAACAUCCAGUUUGUAACGUUACAUAUUAACCGUUUUGCAACGUUUAAAGAACAUUUAAUUUGUAACGUGUCAUUAGUAACAUUUUAAAAUGUAAGCUUAACGUUAUAUACGAAACGUUUCUUAAACAUUAAUUAUAUAAUGGUACAUGAAUUUUCUCAUGUAAAACGUUUAUUUUGGGACAUUAAAAAACGUUUUAAUAACAUUAUAUAUGUGAUGUUAGUGAAAUGUUCAUUGCACAACGUCGUACGAGUGUUGCGUGUAAAACGUUUUAUUUGUAACGGAACAAAACGUUUUAACAACAAUAUAUAUGUGCGAACUAGACGCACACAUGCGUGACGUCGUGCGCUCGGCCUAAACAAUUGGAAGUUAAUAUAACUUUUUCGCGUGGUGUCCUUUUUGCUAAGGCCGGAUUUACAAUAACUGUAAGCCUUAUGCCAUAAGAAACUGAUCAAUUGUAAUUGAAAGUAAAGGUUGGUUUAUAAUAGCCGUAACCGUUAACUUAGGCCGGUGCCGUAAAAGUUGAAAGAUAGGAAACCCGUACUACCGUUUAUAAUAGUUGGCCGUAAUCUGUUAUUUUUGGCCGUAACCGAAAAGUUGACUCAACUUUAUCUUUACCGGCCUACGGCCAGUGAAAGCAACGGAAAAGAAUUGAAAUCCAUCAAGGGAGUCGAAAGCACAUAACCUUUUGACAUACAACAUACGUGAUAUAGUGGUCUAUUAAAAAAAAAAAGUAAUAGUGAUGAAUGUACAAAUAAAUGACGCGGAUUUAAUUUUGUGGGUCGAACAAUUUCGGCAUUUAUACGACAAGAAAGAAAAAGAUUAUAAGAACAAAAAUGUCGUAGAAAACUCUUGGCAAUUUAUUGGUAACAAAUUGAAUGCAUCAAGUUCUGAAUGUAGAGAUCGCUGGAUUGCCUUGCGGAAUCGAUUUUCAAAAGAACGAUGCAAAUUAAUACGAUCAGGAUCAGGAGCAUCGGAUCAGAAAGAAUGGCCAUUAAUGAAAAAUUUGGCAUUUUUACACGAAUGUGUAAAACGACGGAAGACAUUUAGUAACGUCGAGUCACCAUGCAAAGACACUGAAGAUUCUUCAUGUUCUAUGCUAUCAAAUGAUUCCUAUGCCAAAGAUUCUCAAAAUUUGGCUCAAAAGCAUAAUGCUGCUGAAGAAUUAGAUUAUGAAGAUGUUCAGUACCUUGAUGAAACACCAAAUGAAUAUGUGGAAUAUCUGGACGAACAAACUGGUACACAUAAGGAUUUUGACGACGUAUCGAUGGACGAGACUUCACAAGAAACCAUAAACCGCACUUCAAGAGAAACUACUCAAUCACCUGCAGCAAAACGCUCGCGCUCCAGAUCUACUACUCCGAGUGACAAAGGUUCCUCAAAUAAAGCAUCUUUCCAAGCCAAAAUGGAUGAAGCCGUAGAUAUUUUUCAAAAAUUUGUAACUGAAAGAAACACUUUGACUGCGGAAGAUAAUUCCUUGAAAAACUUUUGUAACUCAAUAUAUGCUGACUUGAAAAAUUUAGACAACAGACAAUUGAUACAUUGCAAAAUAGAAAUCAUGCAAGUAAUUGCCAAUUAUUUAGAGUAAUACAUAUAUAAUGUAAUAUAAAAAUAAAUCGUUUUAUC